UCUGAUAUAUUGUUCACUGUACGCUAUAUUGGAGAAGCAUUUUGAAUGUUCUUGACGAGUGUAAGAAAACAUUUGUCAGGGCUCCACCUGCUGGCGAUCAUCGAGAAGAGAUUUCAGUGCUUCUGGGGUCAGUAAAACUUCAUCUCUCGGAGGAAUUCAUUCAAUCACACACAGAAGCGCUGAAGAAACACAUGCUGAGAAAACCUGAGGAGUUUAAAGAAGAGGAAAUCCUCUCUCGACAUGAAAUAAUUGUGCACUGAAGCUGUCAACAAAAUGAAAGAAACAUGUUUCUGUUGAUCCGGUAAUGAGACCCCCUGGGUUACACUAAAACACUUCUCUUCUUUAGCAUUGUGCUGUAUAUACUGUAGUUAAGCAUGACAACAUUCAUGUUUAUGACUUGUAUUUGUCAUAUUAUUAUUAACUGUGUUAUAUUAUUUGUUAACUGUGAGAUCAGCAGAUAUUCAGUACAUUACAUACUUUUUUAACCUUGUUUUACAGUCUUAUAAACUUACAGGUUCAAGAUUACAUGGUAAAUAAAACAUGUAGAACCAAAGCCGAUCUUCUUUGUACACAGUGACUUUUGUAGUUACUUUCAAUCUACUUCAAGUACACUUAAAAGAUAAAAAUGUCACCUAACAUAGUGGUAUACUUAAAAGGCAAAAAUAAUACACUUCAAAAGAUUCCAGGGGACUUCUAGUACAGCAAAGGUAAAAAGCUUUUAUUCUCAUCAAAAUAACAGUUUUUACCAUUUUUAUUUGUUGAAAUGUUUUGUUUGAAAACAAUCAAAUCUUUGAGUCGUGUUGUUGUGUUUUUAAGCUCCGUUUACAUGAAAACUUGUCUUUAGGUUUUGUAGAUGUUUGAUCUUUGUUCCUCAGCUGAUCUCAGCGUGAAGGUUUCUCUCCUCUUUGAUUUAAGGAUUUACAAGAACUCAGUCUGACAGCUGUAAGCAGUUUUUUUUUCAGUGACCUUAUCUCAACAGGAGUUCCCUGUCAUGGAAACUAUUUAACAUCACCUCAUACAGACACAGACACAGUUUCACAGGAGCGGACGGCGUCUUGACAUGAUGAUCGGCUUUAGUUUUGUGUUUGUGUUCCUGAUGUGGACGGGAGUCGGUGCUAUCAGAUUUGAUCAUUUGACUCAUUACGUCAACAGCCACGAAGAAGAGUUUGUGGAGACGUUGAGAAAGUGGGUCGCGGUUGAAAGUGACUCGAGUGACAUAUCAAAGCGAUCAGAUUUACACAAAAUGAUGGAUCUGACAGCAGAGAAGCUCCGUGUCAUCGGUGGAAGUGUGGCGAUGGUGGACGUGGGCAUGCAGGCGCUGGCCAAUGGAAGCACCAUAGAUCUGCCCAAGGUGGUGACGGCUCAGUUCGGCAAUGAUCCUAACAAACACACUGUUUGUAUUUAUGGUCAUGUGGAUGUCCAGCCAGCAAAGAAAGAGGACGGAUGGGCAACUGAUCCCUAUCAACUGACAGAUAUUAACGGUAAUCUGUAUGGAAGAGGUGCGUCUGAUAACAAAGCGCCGGUGUUGGCCUGGAUUCACACGGUGGAGGUCUACAGAGCCCUUAACAUCGAGCUGCCUGUGAAUGUUAAGUUUCUCAUCGAGGGCAUGGAGGAGACGGGGUCUGAUGGUUUAGAUGCCAUGAUCAUGGCUCAGAGAGACACAUUCUUCACAGAUGUGGAUUACAUCAUCAUCUCUGACUGCGGCUGGUUGAGCAGAAGACCCGCGCUGACAUACGGGACUCGAGGAAACUGUUAUUUCUUCGCUGAGGUGUCAGGACCGAAGAAGGAUUUACACUCGGGUGUUUAUGGAGGCACUGUUGUAGAACCCAUGACGGAUCUGAUCGGCAUUAUGGACAAACUCAUCAGUCCCAGCGGAGAGAUCCUGAUCCCGGGCAUCCGUGAAGCAGUCGCGGCUCUCUCAGACGAGGAGUGGAAGAUUUAUCAAGACAUCGAGUUUGACGUGCAGCGCUACAAAGAAGACAUCGGCAUCGGCGAGCUCAUGUACAACAACAAGGUUGACCUGCUCGCCCACCGCUGGCGUCACCCAACUGUGUCCAUCCACGGCAUCGAGGGGGCUUUCUCUGCACCCGGGACCAAAACCGUCAUACCGGCCAAAGUCACCGCCAAGUUCUCUAUUCGCCAGGUGCCCAACAUGGAUCCAGCCGUGGUUGAAAAACAGGUGACAGAUUAUCUGAACGCUGCGUUCUCCAAGAGAAAGAGCCCCAAUAAACUCAACGUGACCAUGGUGAUUGGAGCCAAGCCUUGGUUAGCUGAUGUCAAUAACCCGCUGUACGAAGCCGGAAGAGCAGCAGUCAAAAGAGUUUUUGACGUGGAGCCGGACAUGAUUCGUGAGGGAGGAACUAUUCCCAUUGCUAAAAGCUUUGAGGAUGUGACGGGCAAGAGCAUCCUAAUGCUUCCCAUCGGUGGUUUCGACGAUGGACUGCACUCCCAGAAUGAGAAGAUAAGCAGAUACAACUACAUAGAGGGAACCAAGCUGUUCAUUUCCUUCUUACAUGAGGUGUCCCAGAUCAAGAAGCGCUGAUCGCAUGAUGUCAUAUGUGUAGAGUUUGGUUCCAAAAUGAGAUAGCAACGUUUUUAAAAAUGUUCAAAAAUCACGUUUUAUUAUUGUGCAUUCUAACGAAUAUCACUCCAACUGCACUUGCCAUAAUAACUCAAAAAAUACAGCUAACUAACACAAUAAAAACAUGAUAACAUAAUAAAAAAAAAUGAUUUUUGAACGAUUUUAAAAACAGAGUUUUUCACUCUUCAAGUGUUCUAAAAACAAAUACUUGUGUGUCUGAUCUCCAGUUGUCACAUACUGAAUCAUCAUGACCGGUUGGAUGACAGAUUAACACACAUACAGUCUGUUAUGUCAUCUAAUUAAACGUUAUUGCAAUGCAAACGCAGUGGUUUUAUUUGUG